AGAGAGGAAAGGGAGAGCGGUAGGAGUGGAGGGGGAAGACAGGGGGAGGGAGCUAAACGCAGUCCAGCUCCUCUGCGCUGUGGAGCAGUAGUCAGUCUGAUACUGAAGGACACAGAAAGAGGAGAGACUUUGCAGCAAAGCAGAGCAUGACUGAUAAACUCAGAAAAAAGACGUCAAACAGGAAGAAAAGCAUCUUCCUCUCAUCAGUUUGAGUGAGUAGUUGGAAUAAGCUGCCAAGGAGGCACAACAAGAAUAACAAGGAGGAGGGGGGAGGAGGUGCUGGAGGUCCGCGCGUGUUCAUUUCUCCUCUUGCACCGUCCGCUUGAGGAGCCUUGCAGCUGAUGGUGUCAUUGCGACAGUGCUCCGCGAGGGAGCUGUGGGUAAAAAUCAACAGCUGAGGCAUCAUCUCUCAGGUGGAUUUGGAGUAACCCUGGGAUCUGGGAUCUGGAAGAGUUUCUUUUAGGGUGUCUGUGGUUUCUACCUUAUUUCACUUCCUCCCCGUUCUUCUGGUGCAUACGUCUGCACAAGAGGCUUUGCUUCAGGGACUGCUGCUCUGCUCCUUCUUUUCCUACCUCGCAUCUCUCCUGCGUUCAGCCGGCUUCCCCGUAACUGUUCUGGGACUCGGAUUGGCGGUUUGCUUGCUGGCUACCCCACAGAGAGGGGGAGCAGAUGGCUCUUGUUGGAUUUUUCCCAACGUGAUGACACAUUGUUACCCAGAAUGCCACAGGGUUGAGUGUUUGGGCGGACGACCUUCAUCUUCUUCAGCAGAAGUAAGCCAACUUUUCCUGCUCAAGGGCUCAACAGACCAUAUCUGGAUCACUGAGUUUACAAGAGAGAAAAAGGAUUGCUGGUGUUUGGUGGUUUACCCCAUUUUUCCUGGAUUCUGGAAAAAAAAAAACUCUAUACAUAACUGAGACUAACCCCAAGCCUUGACGCACUGGAUGUAAUACACAUUUUUUUUUCCCAACAAGCCUUUUCCAGGAAUGACUUAUGUAGAAGCUCAUGUGUGUUAUCUUACCAUGUAGCCGUGACGUGAGGAGAACCUCCCCAGAAACUUUUCUCCAACUCGCUUGGCCAUUUUUAAAAAAGCUGAAAGCGAUUCAAUGAACAUACAGAUACAAUGCUCAGUCACAAAGCUGAGGACAGAGGCAAAAAGUACGCCAGUUAAUUAUCGGCCCUUGCACUUCCUAUUUACAUCCUUAAUCUUUGUUUUCUGAGUAAUCAUCUUUUUAAUUAAUUGUGACGGAGGCGUGAAAUCCUUCCUGCCACCUCCUUCAGCACUCUCCUUCUUUCUGCUUGCUUCCAGAGACACCUGAAACCAAUUAACUACAGCUGAUCUGGUUGUGGAUUAGACAAGAGAGGAGCGGGAGUGAUUAGAUAGAAACGUAAAGGGAGAAAGGAGAACAAAACGAGAGCAAGAGGAAGACGGAGAGGUUCAACCCGACGGUCAUUCUCGCACUCGAUGAAAGGGAGGAUCGGGAGGUGGCAGGGGGCAUGGCCAGAUCAGGACGCCAGCAUACAAAGAUAAUAACCAGUUGUGAAUUAGUUGGUGGAUUUGAGUGUAGGAGCCCAGAGUCUUGACUGGCAGGCACUGUCAUUCACUGUGCUGUGUGAAGCGGGGAAGCACAUAGAGCGAAGGGAGACACUCCUGAUCGGUCGCCACAAUCAGGGCCAAUUAGGCGAAUUUGAUUAUAUGCCUUAAUCUUGGCAGUCAGGUGGAAAAGCAGACAGACAGAGAAAGAGGAGGCUGAGCAGGUGCCUCCGAUACGCACCAUUAUCUCCACCCAUCUCUAAUUGAGUUUGUUUCUGUCCCUGUAGUGAGUUCCGUUUUUCCUCAUCUGCAAACUAGUGCUUUAAACUGCGGAGGUUCAUCCAAAGGGAACAAAAGCAGGAAAAAAGGUGCAGAAAAUAGCGUUUCCCCUCAGAGGUUUACUAAACCAGGAGAGCUCUAGCUCCCCUACACCUUUAAGAACACCUUCUCCAUUCAAUUAAAAUCUGCUGUCCCAGUAUGAACUUGCAUUUUCUAGAAUUUGUCCCUGUAGCCAUCUCCAUCUCCAGCCUGAGAUAAAAGCAAGAAAGGAAGUGAUAUACGAGAGAAAAAAAAACCCAGUGUAGUGUGGCAUCUGUGGAGGACAGUGCAGACGAUUUCUUUCUCCAAUCGCAGACACCCAGAGGCUCCCGCCAACUGUCCCUAAAGCUUCACUUCCUCAUUUUAAAUUUCCUCCUCUCCCUGGGAGCUUUUUCCUUGCUCUCCUCCUUGUGGAUCAUACACCGCACCCUGGACCUCACCAAGAAGAUUAAAGUGGCCUCAGUUAUCCGAGGAAAUCCUUUGAUAUCGGCUCCCGGUGUCAUCAUCUUAAUUCUGUGGCGGUACAGGCAGCCAGCAGACCAUUCUCCAUGAGGAGCAGUGGAAGAUGCCGGCUCUGCCAGCACUGCUGCUGUCGAUUUAUGUUGCCGUCCUGCUUCUGACUAUGGCACCGCUCUCCUUCAGCCAGGCCAACACCCUCUCUGCCGUCCGAAUGGCGGCCCUUUUGGACGACCCGUCUGUGUGUGGUCGUGGCGAGCGUCUGGCGCUGGCUCUGGCACGGGAGAACAUCAACAAUCAGAUGGAGGGCUCCGCCCAGGCAAGAGUGGAGGUGGAUGUGUACGAGCUCCAGAAGGACUCCCAGUACGACACCACUGACACCAUGUGUCAGAUCCUGCCAAAGGGUGUGGUUUCUGUGAUCGGCCCCGCCUCCAGUCCUGCCUCUGGGUCCACCAUCAGUCACAUCUGUGGGGAAAAAGAGAUCCCACACAUAAAGAUCGGCCCUGAAGAAACCCCUAAAUUACCCUAUCUUCGUUUUGCAUCUGUGACCCUCUACCCAAGCAACGAGGACCUCAGCCUGGCCAUUGGAUCCAUCCUACACUCAUUUGGCUAUCCAACAGCCAGCUUAAUCUGUGCUAAAGCAGAGUGCCUGCUCCGAUUGGAGGAGCUUGUUCGCCACUUCCUUAUCUCUAGGGAGACGCUGUCGGUGCGAAUGCUAGACGACAGUUUGGAUCCCACCCCCUUGCUGAAGGAGAUUCGAGAUGACAAAGUGGCUACCAUCAUCAUUGAUGCCAACGCCUCAAUCUCCUACCACAUCCUCAGGAAGGCGAACGAGCUGGGGAUGAUGUCAGCCUUCUACAAGUACAUCCUCACCACCAUGGAUUUCCCUCUGCUCCAGCUACAUGAUGUGGUGAAUGAGCAGUCCAACAUCGUGGGCUUCUCAAUGCUGAACAGGAGCCAUCCUUUCUACUUGGAGUUCAUCAGAAGCCUGAACCUUUCUUGGAAGGAAGGUUGCAACAUCAGUCCAUACCCAGGACCAGCAGAUGGUCUGACAGGUCACAUUGAGUUCAACAGCAAAGGACAGAGAACCAAUUAUACCCUGAAGAUCUUGGAGAAACACCCCGCAGGACAUAAAGAGAUUGGUACUUGGUACUCCAACAACACUCUGGCCAUGAACUCCACUUCCUUGGAUCUUAAUGCAUCAGAGACAUUGGCCAACAAGUCCUUAAUUGUCACAACAAUACUGGAAAGUCCCUAUGUAAUGCGCAAGUCUAAUUACCAGAACUACCAGGGUAAUGACCAGUAUGAAGGUUUCUGUGUGGACAUGCUGAGGGAGCUUGCAGAUGUCCUGAAGUUCUCCUUUAAGAUCAAGUUGGUGGACGAUGGGUUAUAUGGAGCUCCUGAACCCAACGGUAGCUGGACCGGGAUGGUGGGAGAACUUAUCAACAGGAAAGCAGACCUGGCAGUUGCUGGCUUUACUAUCACUUCUGAGAGAGAGAAGGUGAUCGAUUUCUCCAAACCCUUCAUGACUUUGGGGAUCAGCAUCUUGUACCGAGUCCAUCUGGCUCGAAAGCCAGGCUACUUCUCCUUCCUCGACCCGUUCUCCCCAGCAGUCUGGCUGUUCAUGCUGUUGGCUUACCUCGCUGUCAGCUGCGUUCUAUUCCUCGCUGCCAGGCUCAGUCCUUACGAGUGGUACAACCCUCAUCCAUGUUUACGGGAGCGGCGGGACAUUCUGGAGAACCAGUACACUCUGGGAAACAGUCUGUGGUUCCCAGUCGGAGGCUUCAUGCAGCAAGGCUCGGAGAUCAUGCCUCGAGCGCUGUCCACCCGCUGCGUCAGCGGAGUCUGGUGGGCAUUCACACUCAUCAUCAUCUCGUCCUACACGGCCAACCUGGCAGCGUUUCUUACCGUACAGAGGAUGGAGGUACCCAUCGAGUCUGCUGACGAUCUGGCCGACCAAACAAACAUCCAAUAUGGCACCAUUCAUGGAGGAUCCACCAUGACUUUCUUCAUGAACUCACGGUACCAGACGUACCAGAGGAUGUGGAACUACAUGAAGUCGAAGCAGCCCAGUGUGUUUGUGAAGAGCACCGAAGAAGGCAUCGCCCGCGUCCUUAACUCCAAGUACGCCUUCCUGAUGGAGAGCACGAUGAAUGAGUACUACCGCAGCCUCAACUGCAACCUGACACAGAUCGGAGGCCUGCUCGACACCAAGGGAUAUGGCAUUGGCUUGCCUCUGGGCUCUCCAUACAGAGAUGAAAUCACCUUGGGGGUUUUACAGAUGCAGGAGAGCAACAGACUGGAGAUCCUGAAGAGGCGCUGGUGGGAGGGAGGACAGUGCCCCAAAGAGGAGGAUCAUCGAGCUAAAGGUCUUGGGAUGGAGAAUAUUGGUGGCAUCUUUGUGGUCUUAAUUUGUGGUCUUAUUGUCGCUGUGUUUGUGGCCAUCAUGGAGUUUCUGUGGUCAACUCGUCGCUCUGCUGAGACAGGAGAGGUCUCUGUUUGUCAGGAAAUGUUGACAGAGUUUCGAAAUGCUGUUUCCUGUAAAAAAAACUCCCGCUCUCGUCGGCGACGACCCUUAAGUAGCACUGGGGGUGGAGUUCUACGUCACCCAUCUCGUUUGGCUUUGGCUGGCCCUCGUCCAAUCCGUCUUGUUCGGGAGAUGCGUCUCAGCAAUGGAAAACUUUACAGUGGUGCUGGUCCACUGACAGGAGGUCUGGCGGGGCUUGGGGGUGGCUUAGGAGCAGGACCUGACUUGGGCCCCGGCCCACAAAGGCUUCUACAGGACCCAUUAGGUGCCAACGCCACCAGCAGUACCCCUCCUCCGCUUCCUCUUGCAUCGGCCCUGGAAGCCCCACCUGCCCCGCCGCGCAGCUUCCUGCAGAGUUGCAGCCAUGUCCGCAUCUGCCAGGAGUGUCGGAGAAUCCAAAGUUUGAGGCCAGCAACUUUCACACCUCCCCCACCUCCUCCUCCUUCUUCCUCCUCCUCCGCUUCCUCCUGCUCUCGUAUACCGCCUUCAUUGGCAGCAACAGGUCACCAUCAUCAUCGUCACAAUCCCCACCACCACCUUCACUUCCACAAUGGUUCCAUGUCACUGCCUCGACUACCCCCACCUCCUCCCCCAAUCCCAACAGACAGAGCUGACAGUGAUGGUGGGACAGCAAGCCCACCACAGGCCAGAAACAAACCAGCACCUCCACCCAGGCCGAUACCCCCAUCCAAAACACCAAUACACCAAACAGACUUACUUGGGGGUCACGACUGAGCAUAAACACAUUGAGAUAUUUAAACUUUCAGAACUUUAUUUGUAGGCCUAACAACUAAGCUGAAUUUGUCCAAACUGUCCUAUCAGCAGAGGUGGAUGGAAGAAACCAUUUUGACCCGUUUGCAGGGUCUGUUACUUAAAUGUAGCCACUAUGGCUCAGUUGAUGACACUAAUAACUUGAACACAAGGGUGGUUGGAUUAAAGCACCCUGACUUUGUAGGACAGAGUAUUAACCAGACACUAAACUCUGGAUUCAACUACCAAAGUGUUUGGCAUCUUUGGGUUGCAACACUGCAUAUAAAGGACAAACAGAAAGUAGCUGCUGGAACUAGAAGCAGAACUCCACCUCUUACCUCGGCUACUCAUCACACUUUAAGAAAAAUGACUGAGCAAAACAAACCCAACAGAGUUUACCAGUACUCAGUUUUUUGUUUUUGUUUGUUUGUUUGUUUAAUUUUAAAUGCCAAACCAGGUGUUUGUAGAAAAGAAGACCUACAUGCAGACACGUGGUAGCAGAGCAGCUGUACAGUUAUCAUGGUCUUCUGUCACUCUUUUUGGAUGUCUGUGGAGGAUGUAGCUCUUUUAAACACUGUUGCUGUUUGUACAGACCCCUGCUGACUGGUGCUGUGAUCUAAAAACAAGAAACACAUACCACUGUUACUCACCUGAGUGUGAAACACUGUGCUGGGGUAGUUCUUAAGAAAAAUGAACUGUAGAAGAUCCAAGAACAUGACAGCAAAUGGCUGACAAUUUGGAAGUGGCUAUUAGUUUAGGGAAUUUUUUUUUUUAAUUUUGUCUACUUUAACAAUUUUAAGAUCAACAAGCCAACCAGGACUUGGUGUUCCUGUUAGUGUUUUAAGACCAUUUUAGAUUCUGUUUUGCAAGGAAUAAGUCAUUGUUUUCAAACUAAGAACAGGCGUUAGGGCCUCUGCUCACUAAAUCUGUAUAUUGUUUUAUGAUAUGCAUUCAAAAACAAAUAGAAUCUCCACACAGUGCUUUUGCUUGCCACAAUAGAUAUACUAUACAGUUUUA